GGCGGCAGUAAGAGUUUAAGGUCACAGAGUUGAGAAAUUUGGCGAUCGUUCCCUCAAAGUUCGAAAGAGAGGGAUCAGAAGAACUUGGAAUUUUAAGGGUGUUUAGCACGAGAGAAGGAGGGGAGUGGUGAGCGAAAGAAAAUGGGCAAAAUACCAUGUUCUUUUUGCCGGAGCAGUAGUCGUCGCCGCCGUAAGAAGGCGGCUCAGUCAUCACUGUCCCCAUUGCCUCAGCCACCUCCGCAGACUGGCAUCUGCUCUCCUCCCAUUAACAAUAAUGGCAGCGGCUUGGUCGGUGGUGGUGGUGGUGGGGCCAUGGGAAAGGUGAAGAAGAAGGCUGGAGGAGCUAGGCUGUGGAUGCGUCUUGACAGGUGGGGGCAGACGGAGCUUAUAGAGUGGGACAAGAGCGCCAUAAUCCGGCGUGCUGCAAUUCCGGCCAGGGAUUUGAGGAUUCUUGGUCCUAUUUUCUCACAAUCCUCCAACAUACUCGCCAGGGAAAAGGCCAUGGUCGUUAGUUUAGAAUUCAUAAAAGCUAUAGUUACUGCUGAAGAAGUUCUACUACUUGACCCUCUUUGCCAAGAGGUUAUUCCAUUUGUGGAUAAGCUAAGGAAGCUACUUGCUAAGAUGAGUUCAUCUCAAGUUGAAAAUGAUGUUAAUGUUUCGAGAGGAGGAAAGCAGUUGCCAGUUUCCGAAGCUGUUGAUGAGCAGUAUGAGCUGCCGUUCGAGUUUCAAGUUCUUGAAAUUGCGUUGGAGGUUGUUUGCAUAUACUUAGAUUCCACCGUGAAAGACCUUGAGAGAGAUGCUUAUCCUGUCCUGGACGAACUGGCUAUGAAUGUCAGCACCAAGAAUCUAGAACGUGUGAGGAGCUUGAAAAGUAAUCUUACUCGUAUUCUUGCACGCGUUCAGAAGGUGCGGGACGAGAUAGAACAUCUAUUAGAUGAUAAUGAAGAUAUGGGACAACUAUAUUUGACAAGAAAAUGGAUGCAGAAUCAGCAGUCCGAUGCUUCGCUGGGAGUAGUCGCUUCCAACAGCACCACUGCCACCGUUCCUCAUCUGCGUCGACUUAGUUCCACCAGGAGCGGAAGUGCAGUAACCAGCAAUCUUUCGGAUGACAAUGACGUAGAGGAUCUGGAAAUGUUGCUCGAGGCAUACUUUAUGCAGUUGGAUGGGACUCGUAACAGGAUAUUAUCGGUUAGGGAAUAUAUCGACGACACCGAGGAUUACGUCAACAUUCAACUUGACAGUCAAAGAAACGAACUCAUUCAGUUUCAGUUGACACUGACCAUUGCUUCAUUUGCCAUAGCUGUCGAAACCUUAAUCGCCGGGUUGUUUGGUAUGAACAUCCCUUGUAUAUUGUACGAGACGAACGGGAUAUUCGAGUACUUUGUUGGAGGUGCUUCAGCAGGGUGUUUGUUGAUUUUCCUGCUAAUUUUUGGGUAUGCAAGAUGGAAGAAGCUUCUUGGUUCGUGAUUUCACCUCGUCGUUCAGCAUGUUCGAGCUCGUGUUUUAGAUCAAUAAAACGAGUUCUUGUAUGUUUAUUUUGCAUCAGUCAUCACAGAAUGCCAUAAGCUGAUAGCCCAUUUGGUUACUAUUUGAUACCUCCUCUGUAUUGCAUACUAAGUUUACAAAAUUUUCGAAAAAAUAUCAAUAUAUUUAUGAAUAGAACACUUAUGGCUGAUAUUAUAUUUACAUU